AUGCCGUUCUUCCUCACACCCAGUGACUACUUGACGCUAGCAUUUCCGGACUCGCAAGAGAGGGAUCUGCCUCUCGCUAAUCCGUCAGGCAACGUCGUUAUGUAUUCUGUACCUGUUCAAAACGAACCCAUCCAAUUUCUUCAUCUCGCCAGAUGUCUCCAGCAUUCCCGUGGCUUUUCGCUAGAGUCCGAUGCGCUCUUACUCUCCCUAAUAUCCAUUGCUGCGGGUCACAAAUCGUCUCUCAUCGCGCAGCAGGAGAAGAAGUAUUUGGAUAAAUACCCACCAAUCCGCUGGGAUGUGCUAUCGCUGUCCAACACAGAGAUCCUUAGUUCCUUCAGUGCAUCGCAGACCGCUCAGAGAGCCAUCAGUGAUCACUUUUCCACCACAUCGCUUAGUAUAUGCCAAACAGCCGUAGCAUUUAGAGCCAGUGGAGAGGGGUUGACUACGGAAAUGUCGAAUCUGCUUCUCACCAGCUGUCUGGCGAUAAUCAUAGCUCAGUGCCUGAACGCGGGGAGACUAUGGAAGCAGGCGUUUGACACGGCAUGCGGAUUGAUAGAACUACGAGAUGGACCAUCGAAGAUGUUAGACGAGGCAAGGGAUAUAUCAACAGCAGAAGUGACAAGGAUUAGAUUGUUGUUGGAGAACUUCGUGGUGGUCGAUGUGUGCCAGUGUCUGGCCACUGGAGCGGCACCGAGUCUCAUGAAGGAGCCAUUUGCCCUGUGGUGGUACGAUUACGUUUCCGAAGAUGCAGAUACAGUGCAUAACUCGUAUGGAGUGGACAGGGCGGUGGUUGAAGUGGCCAGUUUCUCUCAGCAGACAGAGGGGAAUCUGCGUGUGAUGUUUGGCAACCGGGUCAUGGUGAAUAUGCUCAAGGUCGUGGUGUAUGUGGAUUUGCUGAAAAUGCCGCAUUGCGACGAAGAAGUUCAGGAAGCAGCCUGGGCAGCGAUGGCAGCGUUCCAAGAGGGCAAGGAGCUAGAUCAUGGGCUAUACCGACUUAGAGAUGACGGAGCGGUGGAUCCUUCUUGGCGAUUGGUCACAAACUCGGGUAUCCUGGUGUUCUAA